UUCUGAAAGUUGUAAAUUUAAAUAAUUGUCAUAUAAUUUAUUAUUUUUUCUUAAGUUUAAAUAAACAAAUUAUAAAUCACCUGUUAGUUCUUCUACAUUUUGCUUGUAUGACGUUCACAGCAUGGCACCUGGCAAUGAUUUUGGACUAUGGUUCCAACAGGCAUGUUACAUUUUGUAAGAGAAAAAAUGGGUUAUUGAAGAAGGGUAAAGAGCUCUCAGUGCUCUGUGAUACAGAACUCGGUCUCCUUGUUUUCUACCAAUAUGCAAGUAACAGCCUUCAGUUGUUCGUUGAUACUUCUCAACUAUUUUUUGAAGUGCAUAUGAAGAUAUGAAGGUGACUUGGUAGCAAAAUGCCACUAUGAAAAACACACAAGGCCACCACCAUUCUUCAGAAAGACGAAUUCUCAGCCAAGAAAGCCAACUUUAUGGCUGGCUCCUUUUGACUUUACAGGAGGACAGGCGGCUAUAUGCAGGGGUUUGUUAGAGGCACCUCACACUUGACAGACAGAUGAUGGCUUCCAAGAGAGAGGCAGAGAAUUCAAGGUUCGUCCAUGGUAUCAAGAGGAUGAGAAUCUGCUGGAAUAGCAUUCUCAGUGAAGAGAAAGAAGGGGAUAUUAUUCAAAGAUUUUCAAGUACAAGUAAGCAGCCUUAUAACAACUGGCUGACAAUUGGUAUUGGGUCAUGGAGAGAGAAUGGCUCAGGCUCAAGCAAAGAUAUAUAUGGCAAGGGUAAAGUAAUGGCUGCAGAGAAGAAAGGUGAUUCUGGAACAAGUGGAAUUUAUACCAAUUGGCUUACCCUUAAAACUGGCUCAUGUAUAGAGGAUGGAUCAAGCAAGCAUAUAUAUAGCCUGCUUGAUGCAGAGAAGAAAGGGGAGAGUUCAUCAAGUCGGUCCACACUUAGAAUCAGCUCAUGUAGAGAGGAUGACUCAGACAAAAAAGUAGAAGGCAGGGCAGCUUAUAUUCCCGAGGACAUCAUGAACAUUAUAUUUUGCAAACUUCCCCUUCAUACUCUGUUCCAAGUUCAAAUCGUUUCUUCUUCAUGGCAAAGUAUUAUUUCUAGCUCUGCUUGCUUUCACAGUCUCUGGGAGCAGAGUAAUGUGCAAAUGUGGCUGGUGAUGGAUCUUUAUGAUGAAACAAAUGGGUCUUCUGAUGGGAUUGCUCUUUAUGAUGUCAGUAAAAGACUAAGGUAUCUGAAGAUAUUUAAUGAUGAGUGGAGAUGCAAUAACUCCCAAUGGGUUCUCAGAGCUGGAGAUGGGGGCCUCUUGCUCUAUAGCUGUAGGAGAAAUGGAACCCUUUGUGUGAUCAAUCCACUGACUAUGCAGUCCCAUUAUCUUGAAGAUGCAAGACUGACCAGAAAGAGCAAGAUUUCGUUUUACUUGAAAAGACAUCAUGAUAAUGUGGCUGUGCAGCUCAAGUUUGAUCCAAUGGAAAAAACAUAUCAGGUAAUUCUUAUAAUUAGAAAUCUUUAUCUUCGCAGAAGAAGGAAAUUUGUUGCUUUGAUUUAUAGAUCUGCAGAACAGAGGUGGGAAAUAAGAGAUGCUCAAUUAGAGCAAAGAGUGUUUGGACACAUGGCAAUUAGAUUUUUCAGAUUCAUUUUAAUGCAGAAUCAAAAAAUCUACUGGUUUUCUAAAAAUGGGGCAGAUGUGGGUACUUAUGAUCUGAAUGGAGAUGGCAAUAUCAGGUUUCAUUAUAUUUUGGGGAAACAAGAUGUGCACCAGACCUUGGGAAUUGUUAUGAACAAAGGCAGAACGAUAAUGAUUUGUAAAGGUGAACCAAUGGAACUCCCUCCAUAUACACAUCUUUUGAUUUUUUAUAAGCUUGAUGAGCUUGACAGUCAGUGGAGACCUAUAUAUGAAGCUAUCGUAUCGCCCAAAAAAUUGUUUCCUGGAGUGAUUUGUGUUGGGGGGGAUUAUAUUUGGGUAAUUCAGAAAACCAAUGGCUAUGUCAGCGAUAUAAUUUGUAUAGAUAUAGAUAUCGGGGAGUUGAAAAUAUGGCCUGAAGUUUACCCGUUUAUUUUCAAUGUGAGAGACUGUCUAUCCAUGCCACUGAGCUUUUGCCCAUGCUCUUAGAUUUUCUGUCAUUCUGUUUUAGGCACUCUUCAUAGCUUUUUCUGAACCAAUGAAAUCUAUCUGCUGUUCCAUCAAUAAAGCAUUGGUUGUAUUA